GCGGGGCGUCGCUGAGGCCGGAUGAGGAGACUCCGAGGGGGAAGUUUGGUGCUUGUUGCCGGGGGCUGAGCGAGGAAGCGGAGGAGCGCCCUCCCCGCUUUCUUUUAGGCCGUCGCCAUGGGCAACCGAGGGAUGGAGGAGCUGAUCCCGCUUGUUAACAAGCUGCAGGAUGCCUUCAGCUCCAUCGGGCAGAGCUGCCACCUCGACCUGCCGCAGAUCGCCGUCGUCGGCGGACAGAGCGCGGGCAAGAGCUCCGUCCUGGAGAACUUCGUAGGCCGAGAUUUCCUCCCCCGUGGCUCUGGAAUUGUCACAAGGCGACCACUUAUCCUUCAGCUUAUCUUCUCUAAAACAGAAUAUGCAGAAUUUUUACAUUGUAAAUCCAAGAAGUUUACAGAUUUUGAUGAAGUCCGGCAGGAGAUUGAAUCGGAAACAGACAGGGUCACAGGAACAAACAAAGGCAUCUCUCCCAUUCCCAUUAACCUGAGGGUGUAUUCACCACAUGUAUUGAAUCUGACUUUGAUUGACCUUCCGGGUAUCACUAAGGUGCCUGUGGGUGACCAACCCCAAGACAUUGAGUACCAGAUCAAAGAUAUGAUCUUGCAGUUCAUUAGCAGAGAGAGCAGCUUGAUUCUUGCUGUGACUCCAGCCAACAUGGAUUUGGCCAACUCGGAUGCUCUCAAAAUGGCGAAAGAAGUGGACCCACAAGGCUUACGGACAAUUGGGGUGAUGACCAAGCUAGAUCUGAUGGAUGAAGGCACGGAUGCCAGAGAUGUCCUGGAGAACAAACUGUUACCUUUGCGGAGAGGCUACAUUGGAGUUGUAAACCGGAGCCAGAAGGACAUUGAUGGCAAAAAGGACAUCAGAGCAGCGCUGGCAGCUGAGCGGAAGUUCUUCCUUUCCCAUCCUGCUUACAGACACAUGGCAGACCGUAUGGGAACUCCGCACUUGCAGAAGGUUCUCAAUCAGCAAUUGACAAACCAUAUCCGAGAAACACUGCCAUCCCUGCGUAGCAAACUCCAAAGUCAGCUGCUGUCUCUAGAGAAAGAGGUGGAAGAAUACAAGAAUUUUCGCCCUGAUGACCCUACACGAAAAACCAAAGCCUUGCUGCAGAUGGUCCAGCAGUUUGCUGUAGACUUUGAGAAGAGAAUCGAAGGAUCUGGAGACCAGGUGGACACCCUUGAACUCUCAGGUGGAGCCCGAAUAAAUCGCAUCUUCCAUGAAAGGUUCCCCUUUGAACUAGUCAAGAUGGAGUUUGAUGAGAAGGAUUUGAGGCGAGAAAUCAGCUAUGCGAUCAAAAACAUCCAUGGUGUGAGGACGGGGCUCUUCACACCUGACAUGGCUUUUGAAGCCAUAGUGAAAAAACAGAUUAUAAAGCUCAAAGAGCCCAGUUUGAAGUGUGUUGAUCUGGUGGUCUCAGAGCUGGCCAUGGUCAUUAAAAAGUGUGCAGAGAAGCUUGGUUCUUACCCCAGACUGCGAGAAGAAACUGAGAGAAUUGUUACUACGUACAUCAGAGAACGUGAGGGGAAAACCAAGGACCAGAUUCUCCUCUUGAUUGACAUAGAGUUGUCGUACAUCAAUACUAACCACGAGGACUUCAUUGGAUUUGCAAAUGCACAGCAAAGAAACACCCAAGCAAAUAAGAAAAGAGCAAUACCAAAUCAGGGUGAGAUACUGGUUAUACGACGUGGUUGGUUGACCAUCAACAAUAUUAGCAUCAUGAAAGGUGGCUCUAAGGAGUACUGGUUCAUCCUGACAGCAGAGAGUUUAUCUUGGUACAAGGAUGAAGAGGAGAAAGAAAAGAAAUACAUGCUGCCUCUGGACAACCUAAAAAUCAGAGAUGUGGAGAAAGGCUUCAUGUCCAACAAACAUGUCUUUGCCAUCUUUAACACGGAACAACGGAAUGUGUAUAAAGAUCUGCGUCAGAUUGAACUUGCCUGUGACUCCCAGGAAGAUGUGGACAGCUGGAAGGCUUCCUUCCUUCGUGCUGGUGUUUACCCUGAGAAAGACCAAGUAGAGAAUGAGGAAGGGGCUCAGGAGAACACCUUUUCCAUGGAUCCUCAGCUGGAGCGACAAGUGGAAACUAUCCGCAAUCUUGUUGACUCAUAUGUUGGUAUCAUCAACAAGUCUAUCCGGGACCUGAUGCCAAAGACAAUAAUGCACCUAAUGAUAAACAAUACCAAGGAUUUCAUCCACUCAGAACUGCUGGCCUACCUGUACUCCUCCGCAGACCAAAACAGCUUGAUGGAGGAGUCUGCGGACCAGGCCCAACGCAGGGAUGACAUGUUGCGAAUGUACCAUGCCCUGAAGGAAGCCUUACACAUAAUUGGAGACAUCAGUACCAGCACGGUUUCCACACCAGUCCCUCCUCCUGUGGAUGACACAUGGCUCCAGGCAGGGGGCAGUGGGCAUAGCCCAACGCCACAACGCAGGCCGGCGUCUACUGUGCUUCCACCAGGGAGACCUCCAGCUGUGAGGGGCCCCAUGCCAGGCCCUCCCUUGCUCCCUGUACUGUCAUCAGGCCCUUCCUCUUUUGUGGCACCACCCAUUCCUUCACGCCCUGGGCCUCAGAGUGCAUUUGUGGCUAAUAAUGACCCCUUUGCAGCCCCUCCUCAGAUCCCUUCACGGCCAGCGCGCGUUCCACCCGGCGUCCCUCCAGGCGUGCCCAGCAGAAGACCCCCAGCAGCUCCGAACCGGCCCACCAUUAUCAGACCAGCUGAGCCCUCCUUAUUAGAUUAACCAUGACCACUACCCUGAGCAGGGAUGAUUGCUUGUUAACUAUCUUGUGGACAAAACUCAUGCCUAAUCUCAUGUAAAACUGCUCUUUGCAACUGAUCAGCUGUAGCCAAGGCCCAUUUCCCCAUCUCCUCUUCCUCUUCCUCUUCCUCUUCCCCCUCCUCCCCCUGCUACCAUAGCCGACCACGGCAGAAGUCACAAUGGGAUGGGUGCUGUGGGACAGUGACCUGUAAAUAGCUCUGAGAGGCCAAGCAUUCCUUGUAGUAGUUCCCUCUCUUUGUCCUGGGUCUUGGCUUGGGAGCGAUUUGGGGAUCAGAUCCUUCUCUAGACAGAAGGGGAGCUUGUUUCCUCAUCCUCCUUGCAGUGACCACACCAGACCCGUUCCACAUGGGAACGUGGAGGAUUCUGUUUUGUGGAGUUGUUUUGCACUUUGUUGAAAAUAUGAAAUGAAACCCUGAAUUGAGUGAUUGCCAAGGGAUUACCUGGGAAUGUGUACUAGUGGAAAGUUUGCGUUUCCACCUGUAGUUGUGCAUUCAGCACAUUGAAUCUCCUUUUGCCAUUCAUGUUCAUAGAACUUGUCCACUUCCUGUGCCCCACCCAUCCUGCAAUGGGUUUCUUUGUACUAUAAGAUAUAUAUAUAU